UCGAAAUUCAUUCUCUCUGUUAUUCCAAAAGAAUCACUAUCGUCUCGGGAGAAAAGCAUGAAAAAAGAGAGAUUCCGGAUUCUUAUGAUUUUAUCGGGUGGUACUCCAAAUCAAAAGAUAUAGCGAAGUUAAGGGGUCGAAAUCAAAAUGGGUGCUGCCUAUUCGUCAUGCUCUUCUCUCUUCCUCGCUUUUCCCACGGUCACCCUAUACUCCUCACCCAUCACUACCUCAUCGCAAUCCUAUCCCAGAUCAAAAUCAAAACCAAAACCUUUUUCGUCCACAAUUGACAAAAUCCGCAACACCCGUUUCUUAGAACCUGUAAAAAUCAUGGCCCAGACCUCGUUUCCUUGUUCAGGUUUGGCUGUGAAGUGUGGGAAAGUUGGGGAGGUGGAGAACCAAGAAGAGGGGACUACAAGAAAACCCAUGGUUGAUUAUCACGGGAUUGAUCAAGUUUUGCUCGACGAGAUGGUGUAUGACGCUCUUGUUUGGAGCUCUCUCCAUGGCCUACUUGUUGGUGACAAGUCUGUAGAGAGAUCGGGAAAAGUGCCCGGUGUAGGCUUGGUUCAUGCCCCAUCUGCCUUACUGCCCAUGCCAUUCCCAGAGAAUCAAUGGAGGCAGGCGGUUGAGUUGACCCCCAUAUUUAGUGAGCUUGUCGAUCGCGUGAGUUUGGAUGGAAAAUUUCUACAGGAGUCAUUGUCCAGAACUAAGAAAGCAGAUGCUUUUACCUCUAGGCUUCUAGAUCUUCAUUCCAAGAUGCUAGAGAUUAAUAAGAAAGAGGACAUACGUUUGGGUUUACAUCGCUCGGAUUAUAUGCUUGAUGAACAAACAAAGUUGCUCCUUCAAAUAGAGCUGAACACCAUUUCAUGUUCAUUUCCUGGCCUCAGCUCUCUUGUCACUGAGCUCCACAGAAGCGUACUUAAUCACUACGGUGAAGUCCUUGGAUUAGAUCCUAAAAGGAUUCCUGGAAAUAAUGCUAAUGGUUACUUUGUGGAGGCAUUUGCUAAAGCUUGGACUGAGUAUAAUAAUCCCAGGGCUCUUGUUAUGUUUGUGGUUCAGGCUGAAGAACGAAAUAUGUAUGACCAACAUUGGCUUUCUGCUGUUCUGAAAGAAAGAUAUAACAUUACGGCUAUUCGGAAAACAAUGGCAGAAAUUGAUGCAGAAGCAGAACUUCUUUCGGAUGGAACACUUCUAGUGGGUGGCAAAGCAAUUGCAGUCAUUUAUUUCAGAGCUGGGUAUAAACCAGAUGAUUAUCCCUCAGAAUCAGAAUGGAGAGCUAGGCUACUUAUGGAGCAGUCAUCUGCCAUCAAGUGCCCAUCAAUAUCGUAUCAUUUAGCUGGCACCAAGAAGAUUCAACAAGAACUUGCAAAGCCAGAUGUACUUGAGAGGUUUCUUGACAAUAAAGAGGACAUUGCCAAACUACGGAAAUGCUUUGCUGGAUUGUGGAGCUUGGAUGACCCGAAUAUUGUAAAAGAGGCAAUUGAAAGACCUGAGUUAUUUGUCAUGAAACCCCAAAGAGAAGGCGGAGGAAACAAUAUCUACGGUGCUGACGUGAGAGAAACCCUUCUGAGAUUGCAGAAGGAAGGGACCGAUGGAAGUGCUGCUUACAUUCUUAUGCAAAGGAUAUUCCCAACUGUUUUCCAGACAUUUUUAUUGCGGAAUGGAAUUUGUCACCAAGAUAAUGCCGUAUCAGAACUCGGUAUAUAUGGUGCUUACUUAAGGAACAAGGACAAAGUGAUCAUGAAUGACCAAUGUGGUUACUUGCUGCGGACAAAGACAUCUUCAUCAGAUGAAGGUGGUGUUGCAGCUGGAUUUGCGGUCUUGGAUAGUAUAUAUUUGACUUGAUGGAGCCUUCCUUUAAGUUUUCAUCUCAAUUAAACGUAAAGAAUGUGUCAUGAUCUUGAUAUUGGAUUGCGCAUCAAAUUGAGCGUAAAGCAUCUCUUUUUCCCUUGGUGACAGUAUUUGUGGGCGACUGUAGCUCUACAUAAGUCUAUCAGAAGACAGGGCCACAGGCCUUUUGGAACCUUAA